CGGGAUCUGAUUAAAGGAUAUUUUAUUUCAUUCCUUUUUUGCUUCCUCCUGUCCCAAGUCGAAUACGUGGGCCAACUCUGUCACGUUCUAGUCCCGUUGGAGGCGUUAAUUCAGACGUGUCUUUCAUAGCUCUCGUAAUUCGUAAACCCUCUCUCUCUCUCUCUCUCUCUCUCUCGACUCGAUACUCGAUACUUCACUUGCACCGAACGAAUCCAUCCUGAUUCCUUUUCCCCCCAAUUUCUUCCUCCCAUUUCUCCCGUUGAUACCGUUACCAGGAUAUGGAAUAAUCAACAUCAAAAUCAAAAUCAAAGUCAGAAUCAGCCUCUAAGAUGUUGGAGGAUCAAGUAGCGCAUUUGUUGCAGAGGUAUCUCGGCAACUAUGUCCGUGGCCUCAGUAAAGAAGCUCUCAAAAUCAGCGUCUGGCAGGGCGAUGUAGAAUUAACAAAUAUGCAACUGAAGCCGGAGGCACUAAAUGCGCUGAAGUUGCCUGUGAAGGUUAAGGCAGGGUUCCUCGGAUCAGUGAAGCUCAAGGUUCCUUGGAGCAGGAUUGGUCAAGAACCAGUUUUGGUAUACUUGGAUCGUAUAUAUUUGCUAGCUGAACCUGAGACCCAAGUUGAAGGGCAUAGUGAGGAUGCUGUUCAGAAAACUAAGAAGUCCCGAAUACAUGACAUGGAAAUGAAGAUGCUGGAGAGUAGGCAGAUAUUGACCACAGAGAUGAAUAAAUCGUGGCUUGGAUCCUUCAUCGAAACAAUAAUUGGGAAUUUAAAGCUGUCGAUAUCAAGUAUUCAUAUCAGAUAUGAGGACACUGAAAGCAAUCCUGGCCACCCAUUUGCAGCUGGCGUGACCUUGGAGAAGCUCUCAGCUUCGACAGUUGAUGAUAGUGGGAAGGAGGCUUUUGUCACUGGUGGUGCAUUAGAGCUCCUCCACAAGUCUGUAGAACUUGAAAGGCUGGCUGUUUAUUUGGAUUCUGAUAUCACUCCAUGGCACAUUAAGAAACCAUGGGAGGAUAUGAAACCCUCUGAAUGGGAUCAGGUCUUCAGUUUUGGCACAAAAAAUGGAAAACCAGCCAGUGCUCUUGCUCAGAAGCACACAUACAUUCUACAACCUGUAACCGGAAAUGCUCAGUACUCAAAACCACGUUCAAAUUCAUCUAUUCGAGAUCAACCUUUACAGAAAGCAGUAGUGAACCUGGAUGAUGUCACAAUUUGUUUGCCAAAGAGUGGUUAUAGAGAUGUGCUGAAGUUAGCUGAUAACUUUUCUGCGUUCAAUCAGCGAUUGAAAUAUGCUCAUUUUCGGCCUCUUGUCCCGGUGAAAUCAGAUCCAAAAGCAUGGUGGAAGUAUGCCUACCGAGUCGUUUCAGACCAGAUAAAGAAGGCAAGCGGGAGAAUGUCUUGGGAGCAGGUCUUGAAAUAUGCAACCUUACGUAAAAGAUACAUAUCUUUGUAUGCUUCACUGCUAAAAGCUGACCCUGGUCGAGAUGUCAUUGAUGAUGAUAAAGACAUAGAGGAACUAGACCGUGAACUCGAUAUUGAGCUCAUAGUUCAAUGGAGGAUGCUUGCACACAAGUUCUAUGAGAAGUCGCAGUCUGAUAUUGCCAUGAAGAAAGAGAAAACAAAGAAAUCAUGGUUUUCAUUUGGAUGGGGCAACGGAACUGCUGAAGAUGAUAAUCAACCUUUGCAAUUCACGGAUGAGGACUGGAAACAAUUGAAUGACAUUAUUGGAUACAAGGAAGGUGAUAAUGAUGAGCAGUCGGGGAAUAAAGACGAGCAGGGGGAUGUCCUUCGAACAUUGAUAGAGGUUCACAUGAAACAUAAUGCUUCAAAACUUACUGAAGCUCAUGAGUUUGUUGCUGAGUUGUCAUGUGAGAACCUCGAUUGUUUGAUGAAGUUUUACAAAGAUGCAAAAAUUAUUGACAUGAAAUUGGGAUCUUACCGGUUGUCAUCUCCUGAUGGUCUCCUUGCUGAGAGUGCGACAUCCUCUGAUUCAUUAGUUGGGGUCUUCAACUAUAAACCAUUUGAUGCUAAAGUGGACUGGAGUAUGGUUGCUAAGGCAUCUCCUUGUUAUGUUACAUAUCUGAAGAACUCCAUCGAUCAAAUUACAAACUUUUUUGAAAGCAAUGCUGUGAGUCAGAAGAUAGCGUUGGAAACUGCUGCUGCCAUGCAGCUUACAAUCGAUGAGGUUAAGCGCUCUGCACAACAACAAGUAAACAGGGCCUUGAAGGAGCAUGCCAGGUUCUUCUUGGACUUGGAUAUAGCAGCCCCCAAGAUCACCAUUCCAACUGAAUAUUGUCCGGACAAUCUUCAUCCCACAAAACUCUUGCUUGACCUGGGAAACUUGAUAAUCCGUACUCAGGAUGAUGAUGAUGACGUUUCUCAUGAGAAGGAUAUUUAUCUCCAAUUCGGUGUAGUAUUGAGUGAUGUAUCUGCUUUUUUUGUUGAUGGUGACUAUCACUGGAGUCAACGUUCGCUGACAGGAGGAUCCGGCGGUUCUUCACAGUCUAGUAUCGUUAGUUUCUUGCCUAUUAUUGAUAAGUGCGGUGUGACUUGUAAGCUUCAACAGAUCCAGUCAGAGAAUCCAUCUUUCCCCACAACAAGAUUGGCCGUGCGGCUUCCUUUCCUAGGAUUUCACUUUUCUCCGGCGCGUUAUCAUCGACUGAUGCAAGUUGCAAAGAUCUUUCAGGGAGAGGAUAGUGAUAACGAAGGUCUUGUCCGCCCUUGGGAUCAAGCUGACUUUGAGGGCUGGUUAGAUGUUCUUAAUUGGAAGGGUGUGGGAAAUAGGGAAGCUGUCUGGCAGAGGAGAUAUUUCUGUUUGGUGGGCCCUUUCCUGUACGUGCUUGAAGCGCCUGGCUCUAGGUCAUACAAACAAUCUUUCAGCUUGCUUGGAAAACAAGUAUAUGGCGUCCCAUCUGAAACUAUUGGCGAUGUAGAAAAUGUGUUGGCUGUCUGUCGUACAGAACGAUCCAUCAGCAAGGUUGUGGAAGAUGCAAAUGCUCUGAUAUUACGAUGCGAAUCAGAGGAAUCAAAGACAAACUGGAAACACUUAUUGCAGGGGGCUAUUUAUCGGGCAUCGGGUUCCGCUCCCAUCACUGGUCUAUUGGAAACUUCGUCAGAGUCAGAAGAUUCAGAAAUUGAAGAGGUUCAGAAGCUUGAUAUGAAGGAUGUUUCAAAUACAGAGAAACUGUUUAUAACCGGUGUUCUAGAUGAGCUGAAACUGUGCUUCAAUUAUAGUACACAGACCGACCGGAAUCUUAUAAAGGUGCUUCUGGCUGAGGAGAUUCGUUUGUUUGAACUGCGGGCAAUAGGUGGUCGGGUUGAGAUUUCAAUGAGAGCAAGUGAUAUGUUCAUUGGAACUGUCCUGAAAGCAUUGGAGGUAGAAGAUUUAGUAUCAUGCAAGGGGUCCCGCAAACCUGUUUACUUGGCACGGUCAUUUAUACGUCAUGCAGAUGCUCCUUCUGUGUUUGAUACUAUCGAAGAUCAGAGUUAUGGUGGCAGCGAUAAAAAUCAAACCGAAGGAGAUGAUAGGUUUUAUGAGGUAUCUGAUAGCCUAAAUGAUCCAGGAGAUAGCCCAGGGCCAUCAAAAGGAACAAUUUUGAAGACCCCAAGUUUUACCCGCAUUGCUGGUUUGUUACCUGAUGAUGUUAAUCAAGAUGGGGAAAAUAAUUUGGAAGUUACCGACACAUUAGACAGUUUUGUGAAAGCUCAAAUUGUUUUCAUUGAUUCCAACUCUGCUUUCUAUGAUAACGUUGAUAAACGUGUGAUGGUUACUCUAGCAACCUUAUCGUUUUAUUGUAGAAGGCCUAUACUUGUAGCAAUUAUGGAAUUUGUUAGUGCUAUCACUGUUGAGGAUGACAAUCUGGAAUCUUUCAGUGAUCAUUCUUCAACAGAUGAUGUGAAUGAUAGUUCUCGGGAGGUUGAAGUCAAUAAUCGGUCACCUGCUGUUGAUGAGUUGAAAGUCACAGGUCUGCUGGGAAAGGGUAGGUCUAGAGUGGUAUUCCUUUUGACACUGGAGAUGGCACGUGCUCAAAUAUUGUUGAUGAAAGAAGAUGGAACUAAGCUUGCUACUAUGUCUCAAGAUAAUUUCACAACUGAUAUAAAGGUCUUCCCAUCUUCUUUUAGCAUAAAGGCAUCUCUUGGGAACCUGAGAAUAAGUGAUGAUAGUCUUCAGAGCAGUCAUAUGUAUUUCUGGGCAUGUGAUAUGAGAAAUCCUGGUGGUAGUUCAUUUGUGGAGUUGGUUUUCAGUUCGUUUAGUGCUGAUGAUGAGGACUAUGGUGGGUUUGAUUAUAGCUUUACUGGACAGCUUUCUGAAGUACGAGUGGUGUUCUUGAGUCGAUUUAUUCAGGAGAUUAUCAGUUACUUCAUGGGCCUUGUUCCUAACAACUCAGUGGCUGUUGUAAAAGUAAAAGAUCAAGUAACAGAUUCAGAGAAGUGGGUUAAAACAAGUGAAAUUGAAGGCUCACCUGCUAUAAAGUUGGACCUUUCGUUGAGGAAACCAAUAAUUCUAAUGCCUCGUAGAACAGACAGCCCCGAUUAUCUGAAGCUAGAUAUUGUUCAUAUUACUGUUCAGAACACUUUCCAGUGGUUUGGGGGUACCAAAAGAGAGAUGAAUGCUGUUCAUUUGGAUAUAAUGUCGGUCAAGUUUGAGGACAUCAACUUAAAUGUUGGCAUGGGAACUGAAUUGGGUGAAAGCAUAAUACACGAUGUGAAGGGCGUUUCCAUUGUUAUUCGGAGGUCACUUCGUGAUUUGUUGCAUCAAGUUCCAAGUAUAGAAGUUGCCAUUGAGAUAGGUGAACUGAAAGCGGCUCUCUCCAAUAAAGAGUAUCAAAUUAUUUCAGAAUGUGCACUGUCCAACAUCUCAGAGACUCCGAAUGCUAUUCCCUCUUUGAACAACAACAGUGCUGUGUCGGCUUCUGCUGAUGUUGUUGAAUCUUUAGUUCUUCAAGAUUCUGAAGGUCGUGAACAUGGAGCUGAAAAUGAACAGACUUGGAUUUCUAUGAAGCUUUCUGUUGUUGUUGGUCUUGUUGAAUUAUCUCUUCAUUAUGGGAUGGCUUCGGAUGCAGCUCUCGCGACACUGCAGGUGAGUGGGCUAUGGAUGCUAUACAAAGCUAAUACACGGGGAGAAGGUCUUCUGUCAGCGAGCCUGAAGGGAUUCACUGUGAAUGAUGACCGUGAGGGGACAGAAGAAGAGCUUAGGCUAGCUGUGGGGCAGCCCAAGAGUCUGAGAUACAGUCCAGAUUAUGAGGUUCACAAUGAGGAGAACCAAAUGGUGAAGGCAGACGAUGUGAAAUAUGACCAGAUAUUAGGAGUUCCCACAAUGUUAAUCCUUGAUGCUAAAUUUAGUCAGUAUUCAACCUCAUUGUCAUUAUGUAUCCAAAGGCCACAAUUGCUUGUUGCACUUGACUUCCUAAUGGCGGUUGCUGAGUUUUUUGUACCUACUGUACGUGGCAUGCUGUCAAAUGAAGUGGAUGAAACAUCAUUAUAUGUAGUUGAUGCACUUGUUUUGGAUAAACCAGUUUUUAGUCAAAGCGAUGAGGUGUUGAUACUCUCUCCUCAGAGGCCUUUGGUGGUUGAUGGUGAAGAUUUUGACCAUUAUAUUUAUGAUGGUAGAGGUGGAACUUUGUUGUUACAAGACAGAGAAGGACAAAUGAUCUCUUCUAGAAGCAUAGAAACUAUUAUACAUGUUGACAGUGGUAAACGAUUGCAAUUCAAAAAUGUCACCAUCAAGAAUGGAGAAUAUCUGGACUUAUGUGUUUCCCUAGGGUCCAACAGCAGUUUCUCAGCUUUGGAAGAUGAUCAAGUCUUUUUGGAAGAGGAGGAAAGUAGCUCACCAAAUACUCAAGAGGAAACUACAAAAGAUUUGCCUUCUCCAAACAAUACAAUGAGCAGACCCACGGAAACUUCCAUCGAGUUGCAGGUUAUAAGCCCCGAGCUUACAUUCUAUAAUUCAUCAAAAUAUGUAGGAGAGUCUCCUCUCUUCACAAACAAGUUUUUGCAUGCAAGAUUGGAUGCCUUCUGCAGGCUCGUGCUGAAGGGCGAUACAAUAGAAAUGAGUGCAAAUGCUCUUGGUUUAACUAUGGAGAGCAAUGGGAUCAGAAUUUUAGAGCCUUUUGAUACUUCUGUCAAGUUCUCAAAUGCCUCUGGGAAGACAAAUAUCCAUGUUGCAGUUUCAGAUAUAUUCAUGAAUUUUUCUUUCAGCACAUUACGGCUAUUUUUAGCAGUUGAGGAGGAUAUAUUAAAGUUCCUAAGGAUGACAUCCAGGAAAAUGACGGUUUCCUGCUCCGAGUUUGACAAGCUUGGCACAUUUCAAAGUGCCCACAACAACCAAACAUAUGCAUUUUGGAGACCGCAUGCACCACCUGGCUUUGCUAUUCUUGGCGACUACAUGACAGCAACUGACAAGCCACCAUCAAAGGGAGUUCUUGCUGUGAAUACUCGCUAUGUAAAGAUCAAGAAGCCCGAGGCCUUCACACUAGUUUGGCCCCCUUCUGAUUCCGAAGGUGCUGGCGACCUUGAGCUUGUCCCUGAAGAUGGGGAAGAAAGCUGUUCCAUUUGGUUUCCGGUUGCACCAAAAGGAUAUGUUGCCUUGGGAUGUGUGGUUUCUCCUGGAAAGACACAGCCUUCGCUCUCCUCCGCCUUCUGCAUACAUGCUUCUUUGGUAUCUCCAUGUGCGCUAAGGGACUGUAUCACAAUUAACUUUGGUGACAUAAGUUCUCCUGGAUUGGGAUUUUGGCGUGUGGAUAAUUCUCUUGGCACCUUCCUUCCAGCAGAUCCAGGGACUUUGAACAUGUCCGGUAGAGCCUAUGAGUUGCAUCAUAUACUUUUUGGUUUCCGUGGAGUAUCUUCAAAAUCAUCAAAGGGUUCAGACUCCCCAGCACUUCCUUCUAAUCGUGAUAAUACUCAAUCAGAGAGGUCAUCAACUGCAACUUCUGGCAGGCGGUUUCAGGCGGUUGCUAGUUUUCGUUUGGUAUGGUGGAAUCAAGGUUCAAAAUCUAGAAAGAAGUUAUCCAUAUGGCGCCCUAUUAUUCCUCAAGGGAUGGUGUAUUUUGGUGAUAUUGCUGUUACAGGCUAUGAGCCUCCAAACACAUGCAUUGUUCUUCCUGAAGAUGAUGAGCCUUUUAAAGCUCCUAUCGGUUUUCAAAUUGUCGGUCAAAUAAAGAAACAUAAAGGGGCUGAAAGUAUAUCUUUGUGGCUGCCUCAGGCUCCCCCUGGCUAUGUUUCCUUGGGGUGUGUAGCCUUUAAGGGCUCACCAAAGCAAUCUGAUUUUGACUGUUUGAGAUGCAUGCGCAGUGAUAUGGUCACCGGGGAUGAGUUUUUGGAGGAGAGUAUAUGGGAUACCUCUGAUAUACGGUUCUCCAAAGAAUCAUUUAGCAUAUGGGGAGUUGGUAAUGAGCUUGGAACCUUCAUGGUCCGCAGUGGCUUUAAAAAACCUCCCAGGAGGUUUGCUGUAAAGCUUGUGGAUUCUGAUACACCCACUGGUUCAGAUGACACGGUCGUUGAUGCAGAAAUAAGAACCUUCUCUCUCGCGCUUUUUGACGAUUAUGGUGGCAUGAUGACACCAUUGUCUAACAUAUCAUUGAGCAGUAUAGGAUUUAGUCUCCAUAGCAGGCCUGAUUACCUCAACGCCACUGUUUGCUUCUCAUUGGCCGCCAGAUCAUAUAAUGAUAAACUUGAAGCUUGGGAGCCUCUUGUUGAACCUGUUGAUGGUGUCUUAAGGUAUCAAAAUGAUGUCAAUGCUCCAAGUGCUGCAUCUCAAUUACGGCUCACCACUACAAGGGAUCUCAACAUAAAUAUAACAGUGUCUAAUGCUAAUAUGCUUAUUCAAGCUUAUGCAAGCUGGAAUAAUCUUAGCCAAGUUCAUGAACCCUCUAGUGUUAGGGAAGCAAUCUCUCCAUCAUAUGAGGGGCCUAUCAUCGAUGUUCAUCACAAGAAAAAUUAUUUCGUGAUCCCGCAAAAUAAACUUGGGCAGGAUAUCUUUGUUAGAGCUACUGAAAUCAGGGGACUUCCACAUGUAAUCAAGAUGCCAUCUGGAGAAAAGAAGUCUUUGAAAGUACCAGUUUCCAAGAACAUGUUGGAUUCUCACUUGAAAGGAAAUCUUUACAAGAAACUACGAUCAAUGGUGACAAUCAUCAUCUCACAGGCACAGUUUCCUAAAGUAGAAGGACUGGGUUCUCACCAAUAUGGCAUUGCCGUCUGUUUAACUCCUGGCCAAAGCUCCUCCAAUGGCAUCCUUCUUGGUCGGCAAAGUGCACGUACAUGUGGUGCCAGCUCCAGUAGUGACAAAUCUUCUGAUCUUGAAUUGGUUACAUGGAAUGAGAUUUUUUUCUUCAAAGCAGAUUCACUGGAUGGCUAUAUGCUGGAGUUAGUAGCAACAGACAUGGGGAAAGGUGUUCCUGUUGGAUACUACUCUUCUUCUUUGAAGGAGCUACUAGGAGCCCAAGGUGAUUUAGAAGGGAAUGAAUCUGAGUGGCUCGAGUUGUCACCAGCUGAUUCCACUAAGACAACUCAAGCAGACACAUCCUCAGUCUCAUGUGGAAGAAUAAAGUGUUCCGUCCUUCUUUCACCAAGAUCAGUGGUAGCCAACACAGAUAAAGGCUUCAUUAGGGACCGAAAUUCUGGGUCUCUACAAGUUGGGCCUACCAAGGAUGGCCCCUGGACCACAGUGAGACUAAACUAUGUUGCACACGCUGCCUGCUGGCCAUUAGGAAAUGCUGUAGUUGCAAGUGAAGUCCUUGUAGAGGAUGGAAAUAGAUAUGUGAAUAUCAGAUCUUUGGUUUCAGUUACCAACAACACAGAUUUAGUACUCGAAUUGUGCCUCCAGCUUGAUGCUUCUAAAGAGAAUUUGGAUACCUUAGAAGAUUCCAGAACGGAUUCCCCAAAAGAUGCCAUAGAGACAGAUGUACAGAAACAGAUUGUCAUUGGAGAACUGAAACCUGGAGAAAGUCUUCCACUUCCACUUUUUGGACUUGUCCAUUCUGGAUUAUAUGUUCUCCAAUUAAGACCUACUCUAGAUGAUGAUCACAAGGAAUAUUCAUGGAGCUCUGUAAUGGAUAAGCAUGCAGUGUCAGAAGAUGAUAGUAGGCCCAAAGAAACUUCUGGAAUACAUGUUUCAAAUCUGAAUGAGUCUGAGGAACUUCUAUACUGCUCUGAGAUAAGUGGAACAUCAUCAAAUCCGUCACAUGGAAUGUGGCUUUGUUUGGCCAUUCAAGCAUCAGAGAUCUCUAAGGACAUCCGUUCUGAUCCUAUUCAGGAUUGGAAUAUUGUGGUGAAGUCCCCUCUAUCUAUCACCAAUAAUCUUCCUCUAACAGCUGAAUUUUCUGUUCUUGAAAUGCAAAGAAGUGGCCAUUUUAAAGCAUGCUCUAGAGGUGUAUUUACUCCAGGUGAAACAGUGAAGGUCCUAAAUGCCGACAUUAGAAACCCCUUGUACUUUUCUCUGUUUCCACAACGGGGGUGGCUCCCAAUACACGAGGCUGUGCUCAUAUCUCAUCAUUCUCUUGAUCCAGCAAAAACAUUAGGUUUAAGAAGUUCAGUUUCUGGGAGGGUUGUUCAUGUAGUUCUUGAACAGAACUAUGAAAUGGAAAGGCCUUUGGCACCCAAGGCUCUAAGAGUUUAUUCUCCAUAUUGGUUGACGAUUGCUAGAUGUCCGCCACUUACAUUCAGGCUUGUAGAUAUGUCUGCAAAAAAAGCAAAACGAAACCCUUUCAAGUCAAAAAAGACAAAUGAGGUAAUCUUAGAGGAGAUAACUGAGGAGGAAUUUCACGAAGGCUAUACCAUUGCUUCAGCUCUCAACUUCAAACUGUUGGGCCUCUCUGCUUCCAUUAGCGACAAUGGGAAUGAUCAUUUUGGGGAUGUUACAGAUCUUUCUCCACUUGCUGACAUGGAUGGUUCGUUGGGUGUCUCUGCUUAUGAUGCCGACAAGAACUGCAUGCGCCUGUUCGUAUCAUCAAAAGCAACCCCCUAUCAGUCUGUUCCAACAAAGGUAAUCAGUGUGCGUCCGUUUAUGACAUUCACCAAUAGACUUGGUCAAGAUAUAUAUUUGAAGCUAAGCAGCGAGGAUGAACCGAAAUUGUUGCGAGCAUCUGAUGUACGAGUCUCCUUUGUUUACCGUGAGACUGACCAACCUAGCAAGCUACAGAUCCGUGCUGAAGGCACAGAAUGGUCAUUUCCUGUUCAAAUUGAGAAGGAAGACACCAUAUUUCUUGUUUUGAAGAAGGAAGAUGGCAGUCAGGAAAUUUUAAGAACUGAAAUUCGAGGUUAUGAAGAGGGAUCACGUUUCAUUGUUGUACUCCGUCGUGGACCAAGAGAUGGCCCUAUUAGGAUUGAAAACAGAACAGCUGGUAAAGUUGUUAGAAUUCGCCAGUCUGGUUUGAAUACUGAUGAUUGGAUCCGGUUAGAGCCUCGUGCAAGUACCAAAUUCUCAUGGGUGGACCCGUAUGGUGAAAAGUUUAUAGAUACUGAGGUGCACAACAAUAAUGAGGUUACAGUAUGUAAGCUUGAUAUGGAUAAAUUGGGAGUUAGUUCAGAAUGUUGUGAAGGAACGGGAUUACUCUUUCAUGUUGUAGAAAUGGGUAACAUCAAGGUUGCUAGGUUUGUGGAUGACGUGGCAACAGGUUCACAUUCAGAUGGACUUAGUAGAUCUAUGGCAAGUUUUGAAAAUUGGAAGAGUGCCAACAUGCCAACCACAGAAAAGGAAACUGCAGCUCCUUUGGAGCUCAUUGUUGAACUGGGAGUCGUUGGGGUUUCUCUUGUGGACCAUAGACCAAAAGAGCUUGCCUACUUUUACCUGGAGAGGGUUUUUGUAUCUUAUUCAACUGGCUAUGAUAGUGGGACCACAAGCAGGUUCAAGCUGAUACUAGGCCAUCUGCAGCUUGACAACCAACUUCCUUUGACAUAUAUGCCUGUGCUUUUGGCACCUGAAGAAGCCUCUGAUAUGAACCACCCAGUUUUCAAAAUGACAAUUACAACAUGCAAUGAGACCCCUGAUGGUAUUCAGGUCUACCCAUAUGUCUACAUACGGGUAACUGACAAAAUUUGGAGGAUAAACAUUCAUGAGCCAAUAAUCUGGGCUUCGGUAGAGUUCUUCAGACAUGUUCAACUUGAUCGUCUCCCCCAAACAUCUAGUGUGGCACAAGUUGAUCCAGAGAUACGUGUCAAUCUGAUAGACGUUUCAGAAGUCCGGCUAAAAUUAUCCUUGGAGACUGCACCAGCUCAAAGACCUCAUGGUGUUCUAGGUGUAUGGAGUCCUAUACUAUCAGCGAUUGGGAAUGCGUUCAAACUUCAGCUCCACCUUAGGAAAGUAAUGCACAAAGACAGAUAUAUGAGAAAAAGUUCUGUUAUUCCUGCCAUUGGUAACCGCAUCUGGAGAGAUCUUAUCCAUAAUCCUUUACACUUAAUUUUCUCCGUGGAUGUGUUGGGUAUGACAAGCUCCACAUUGGCUUCUCUAAGUAAAGGAUUUGCUGAGCUCUCCACAGAUGGACAGUUUCUACAACUGCGCUCAAAACAGGUAUGGUCAAGAAGAAUAACAGGGGUAGGGGACGGAUUUUUACAAGGGACAGAAGCUCUUGCACAAGGUUUUGCUUUUGGGGUGUCUGGCGUAGUGAGGAAACCUGUUGAAAGUGCGAGAGAGAAUGGUAUUCUUGGACUUGCUCAUGGACUUGGGAGAGCCUUUCUUGGAUUUGUGGUACAACCGGUGAGUGGAGCACUGGAUUUCUUCUCAUUAACUGUGGAUGGAAUUGGUGCAAGUUUUUCCAGGUGUCUAGAAGUUAUAAACAACAAAACCAUCAUACAAAGGAUUCGAAAUCCACGUGCCAUUCGCGCAGACAAUGUCCUCAGAGAAUAUUGCGAGAGAGAAGCUGUUGGCCAGAUGAUACUUUACCUAGCAGAAGCCAGCCGGCGAUUCGGAUGCACCGACAUAUUCAAGGAGCCAUCAAAGUUUGCAUGGUCUGAUCUUUAUGAAGACCAUUUCCUUGUUCCAUACCACAGGAUUGUUUUGGUAACCAGCAAACGAGUCAUGCUGCUUCAGUGUCUGUCUCCUGAUAAAAUGGAUAAAAAACCAUGUAAAAUCAUGUGGGAUGUCCCAUGGGAAGAUCUGAUGGCACUGGAGUUAGCAAAAGCUGGUAAUCCAAAACCUUCACAUCUAAUCCUCCAUCUCAUAAACUUCAAAAGAUCCGAAAGCUUUGUGAGAGUCAUCAAAUGUAGCACCGAAGAUGAAUCGGAUGAAAGCGACCCCCAAGCUGUUAAAAUAUGCUUGGCAGUUCGUAAAAUGUGGAAAACUCAUCAAUCCAGCUUAAAAAGCCUAGUUUUAAAGGUCCCUUCCAGCCAGAAACAUGUAUCCUUUGCUUGGAACGAGACGGAUUACAGAAACAACACCCGUAACCAAAAUAAGUCCAUUAUAAAAUCAAGAGAUGUUCUGUCCACAGCCACCGACAAGACCAGUUUCGUUAAACAUGUUAUCAAUUUUUCCAAACUCUGGACCAGCGAUCAAGAUUCCAAAGCCCGACAUCCUUUUUCCAAAAAGAAUGUUGUAGAGGACAACACAAUAUGUAGCUUCUGGCGCCCAAUCUGCCCACCCGGGUAUAUUUCAGUUGGGGAUAUAGCUCGCAUUGGGACCCAUCCUCCAAAUGUUGCUGCAGUGUAUCAAAACACAGAUAGACUAUUCGCACUUCCAUUGGGCUACGAUUUGGUUUGGAGAAACUGUGCUGAGGAUUAUGCAAGUCCAGUAUCAAUAUGGCGACCACGUGCCCCAGAAGGUUAUGUUUCGUGUGGUUGUGUUGUUAUGUCGAGUUUCACAGAGCCAGAAGCUGAUGUUGUGUACUGUGCGGCGGAAUCGAUUGCUGAGGAGACGACAUUUGAAGAACAACAGGUUUGGUCUGCACCAGAGUCGUAUCCAUGGACAUGUUGUGUUUAUCAAGUGCGUAGUCCGGCUCUUCAUUUUGUAGCCUUACGUCAACCAAAAGAGGAAGCCGAAUGGAAGGCUAUGAGAGUUAUUGAUGAAUCAGUAUCCGUGUCAGAAGCUUCAUCGUCAUCUUGUUGAUGUAAAACUAAAACAAUAUUGAUUGCACUCUGUACAGAAUGUACAAAAACUUGAGUUUCUGUUUCCGUUUUGAAUUUUGGUUUGGUACAUAAAAGAAAUAAAGAUAAAGAUGAUCGAGCAACAGAUAUGCACAUAAACAAACCUCGUGAGUGAGUAAAAUGGAUACAUGCAUUUUCAGUUAAAACUAUCAAAUGUAUAUGCAUUUAGCCUUUAAGUAGGUGUCCGUGUUUAGUUCCUAUUAUUGCCAUAAAUAGGAUUUCACGAGGUGACCUCAUGAGGAACCUACUCCAUAUUUUGCAAUAAUUUGGUUUUGCCAAAGAUGGUC